CACACACACACACACACACACACACACACACUGAAGUCAAAGGCCGCUCGAAAACCGCUCGAAUGGGUUGGCGGAGAGGAUUAAACCGAAACAAAAUAUGAUCUUUUGACGGUCUACGUUCACCCAAGCAAGCCUGCCGUCGUGCUAAUGGAGUGUUAAAGGUUCGUAGUUUGUGGUGAGGAUGAAAUAGCCGCGCUGUAAAACGCGUUUCCGUGGAUAUUUCGUUGCUUUUUUUUCUCUCUUUGGACGUCUGUGUUUGUUGCUCUGCACGGUUUGAACAAGCUAGCGCUAGCCUCGAGUCUUAAGUGAGCUGCGAUGGUCGCUCCGAGUUUAUGCGGAUGUCUCCGGACCAGUCUGUACUGAACCGACGGCAACAAAUGGGAUCAUCCAGCAUCGGCCGAAAACAUCGCGGCAUAGACUAAAACAUUAAAGAUUCAGAUAACUCUUUGAAAUUUGUGGAUAUUCACACAGAGGAUUCUGUGGACUCUGCAGCGGCAGGUGUUUUUCUAGUUGGAUUUUAGCCCACUGACAUUCUCCCACAGCCAUGGAAUCGACGGUUGAUGACGAUGCAAUGGCAGCGUGAAUGAAGCUUGGCGUGGGGAGAGCUGAACGAUGCCCAAAGGUGGGGGUUCUAAAACCCCCCAGCUGGACCACUUCCCACUCAACACCGACAUGGUGGAAAAGCAGGGUGGGAAGAAGGAUAAAGUGUUGUCAAACAAGACUCCCAAAUUGGAUCGCAGUGAUGGGGUCAAAGAGAUGAAAGAAAAGGCCCCUAAAAGGAAGCUGCCCUUCACUGCUGGAGCUAAUGGAGACCAGAAAGAUUCUGACUCAGAGAAACCAGGUCCAGAGCGGAAGCGCAUUAAAAAGGAGCCCACCAACACCCGGAAGGCGGGUUUGCCGUUUGGAAUGGGGAUGCCAGGGAUCCGGGCUGGGUACCCCCUCUCUGAGCGGCAGCAGGUGGCCUUGCUCAUGCAAAUGACAGCUGAGGAGUCCGUCAACAGUCCAGACACAACACCAAAGCAUCAGUCACAGUCCAGUCUGGGUCAGAAGGGAACGCCAAACUCUGCAUCUAAAACCAAAGACAAAGUGAAUAAACGGAAUGAGAGAGGAGAGACUCGGCUGCACAGAGCAGCAAUCCGUGGAGAGGUACGCCGCAUCAAGGAGCUCAUCAGCGAGGGAGCUGAUGUGAAUGUAAAAGACUUUGCAGGCUGGACUGCAUUGCAUGAGGCGUGCAACAGGGGGUACUAUGAUGUGGCCAAGCAGCUGCUGGCAGCCGGAGCAGAGGUCAACACCAAGGGUCUGGAUGAUGACACCCCUCUACAUGAUGCAUCCAACAAUGGACAUUUCAAGGUGGUUAAGCUACUUUUACGGUAUGGAGGGGACCCACGGCAAAGCAACAGGAGAGGCGAAACACCGUUGAAGGUUGCCAACUCUCCAACUAUGCUGAACCUAUUGUUGGGGAAAGGCACUUACACCUCAAGUGAAGAAAGCUCAUCAGAAUCUUCAGAGGAAGAAGAUGCGCCCUCAUUUGCCCCGUCCAGCUCUGUCGAUGGCAAUAACACAGACUCAGAGUUUGAAAAGGGCCUGAAGUCGAAAGGGAAAACCGUAGACCCUCCUAAAUCUGCUGUCACGCCCGUCAAAGACGAAUACGAAUUUGACGAGGAUGAUGAGGAGGAGCGUGUUCCUCCCGUGGACGACAAACACCUCUUGAAAAAAGACUUCCGUAAGGAUCCGAUCACCAAGGCCAACAGCUUCAUCUCCAUACCCAAGAUGGAGGUCAAAACCUAUUCCAAAAGUAACUCGCUCACACCAAAGAAAACUGUCAGGCGGAUCAUCUCUGACAGUAACAGUUCAGAUGAGGAUGAUAGGACGUUGUGUUUCACGCCAGCGCCUACGCCACGGCAACAAGCCCAGCAAACAAAUACCAAGACAAGAGACUCUGGCAGCAUGAGCUCUAAACAACAGAAAGACAAGAGUAAAGUCAAAAAGAAACGGAAGAAGGAGAGUAAAAAUAAUGUCAGUAAAGAAGUCAGGUUUGGCAAAGUCAACGACAAAUUCUGUACAUCAGACUCUGAUUGUGGAGAUAUGGAGAGUGAAGACGAUAAGGGCUCAAAUAGUAUAAAGGACUCUUCCGCAACGAGCCUGAAAGAAUCCCCUGGCUUUAAUGCGUCGUCCUCCUCUUCCCAUGGAAACUUGAAUUCUCAGAAACAAGUACCAUCACUAGCAGAACAGCAUCCAAAGCAGUGGCGGACAGAUGGCUGGAAGACUGUGUCAUCUCCUACAUGGUCAGACGUCAGUUCUCUCUCGGAUUCAGUCAGAACGAGACUAUCCAGUGAGUCUGACUACUCCUCUGCUGACUCCAGUGUCGAGUCGAUAAAACAAGUUAAGAGGAAAGCGCAGGAGAACAAAAAGAAGAAUAACAAUGUGCACAGCAACACAGUAGACAAGAAAAAUUCUGAGCUCUACAAAAACUCCAUUGCAGAGAGUGCAGUCUCCAAAACCGAUGUUGACGGCAAAGUGCUGAAAAAGCAUAAGGUGAAGCACAAGCACAAAAAUAAGGAAAAGGACAAAGCUCCUAGUCUAGUGCUUAAUCAAGACAUGAAUGAGAAAUUUGUCAAGAGCUAUUCUUUUGAUUUUGAUGAUUCAAGGCAAAAAUCUCUAAUUGUUGAGUCAGAAUCGCCAGCUGAGGGCAAGGUCAAGUUGUCCAAGCACGAAAAAGACCAUUCUAAAAAGGAGGACAGGCUUUCGAAAAGCAAGUCUGAGGAUAAGGAGUGGUCAUCUGGAAAAGACCUGCAUAGAACGGCGAAAGAGGAGAAAAAUAAGAAGACAAAAGACUCUACCAAGGACAAGACAAAUAAGGAGGAGAGGGAGAAGCCUGUCAAAUCUGACAAGGAUAGAAAUGUUAAGGAGAAGGAGAAGCCCAAGGAAGAUAAACAAAAGGCUCACAAAGAGGAGAAGAAGAAAAAGUCCAAGGAGAAGUCAUCCUCAAAGGCAGACAGGAAAAGCGAGCAGAAAGAGGAAAAGCAUCUAAAGGUGGACAAGGAGAAAAACACAAAGGAGGAGAAGGAGAAAUGUAAAAAAGACAAAGCACAGAAGGAAGAGUCUGAGUAUGAAGGCUAUGACGUUAACAACCGCUUCCUCAACCUGGAGGACACAAAGCUCAGUGCCUCAGAUGACCAUCAUGACAGAUGGGGCUCUGAAAUGUCCUCUGACUCUUCCCUCUACGGAGAAGACAGCUGGGAUGCUCCUGUCAAAGAGUACAAGGAAUACAAAGCCAACAACUCUGUUAAACUGAUUGUUGAGACUGUUAAGGAAGAGACGAGAAGGAAAGAAAACAAAGUCAAGGACAAAAAAUCUGAUCACAAUGAGAAAAGAUCAGACAAAGAAACCACUUCUAAGAAGAAGGACAAAGGCUCAUCAGAGAAGACAAAUGAAAAGCAAAAAGACUGGUCAGAAAAACAAAAACUGAACUCCAGUCACUCAGUUGAAAAAGAAAAGAAGCGAAAGGAGUCCACAGACACGGUCAAAGACAAAAAGGACAAGGAUUCUUUGGACAACAGUCGAGACCGUAAAGACUCAUACGAGUUCAUCAAGGAGAGAAAGGACAUAAAAAUCAAGCAGGAAUCUAUAAGAGAUGAAUAUGGCAAUGAUACCUUCUUCAAAGACAUUGAUGCUGUCGGUAAAUCGUGUGAUAUCAGAGAAAGAAACCAUUCUGGUAAGGAGAAAGAAAAGAAGGGUGAGGGGAUGGAAAAGCGAGAAAAGACAAAAGCUGACAAGCACAAAGAGAAAACAAAAGACAGAGGAGCUGAUCAGGAGAAGGAUAAGAGUGAGAAAAGCUCCACAGAAAAACCUGUCAAGGACAAGGAUGCAGACCGUGGCACCAAAGACAAGAAGGAGGGAGCCAAAGACAAACACAAAGAGUCUCAUGGCAAAGACAAAGACCGAAAGAUGUCUUCAGAACAGACCAAGGACAAGAAAGAAAAGACCUCUCAAGACAAACAUGCUGACAGGGAGAAGGAUUUCUUGGAGGUAAAGAAGGAGGAAAGAAAACCUGAGAAAAUCCGUGAGAAAACCUGGUAUAAGAUCGCUGACAUAUUCACUGAUGAAAGUGAUGAUGAUGAGGACAGUUGCGGUGGUGUUGCCCUCGUAUCUGAUUCCAUCAGAAAAGACUCAACACCUGAUCAGGAUGAGCUGGAUCACUUCCCUUCGGAAAAAAUUAGAAAAUCUUCUGCUGAGGCUAAGCAUAACACCGACAAGGCAAAGGACAAAGACCACAAAGAAAAGAAGAAGGAAAAGGCCACAUUUGACACGGGCAAAGAAAGGAAAGGCUCCCUAGAGAAACACAACAAAGACAAGAAAGAUUCUGUAGAUGCCAAACAUAAGGAAAGAAAAGACAGAAUGUCAGUGGAUUCAAACCAGGAGAAGAAAAAUAAGCAAAAGCUGUUGGACAAAAGGGACACCAGUGAGGAAAAGACAAAGAGCAAAUAUAAAGACAAGCUGGACCAUUCUAAGGAGAGGAAGCCCUCAAAAGGCAGCGGUGAGAAUGAAAAGUCCCUCUUGGAAAAAUUGGAGGAGGAAGCUAUGAAUGACUACAAGGAUGACUCCAAUGACAAGAACAGUGAAAUCUCUUCAGAUAGCUUCACUGACCGAGGUCACGAGCCAGUUCUCACCACUUACUAUGACUCCAUCAGUCUGACUGAUGUGUCCGAGGACAGGAGAGACUCCCUGUCCAUAUCUACACCCCAGGACAAGUUCAGAGAGAAAGAGAGACAUCGUCAUUCUUCUUCAUCUUCAUCCAAGAAAAGCCACGACAAGGAUAAAGAAAAGGUCAAGAAGGACAAAGGAGACAAACGUGACAAGACAGAAGAGAUCAGGGAGUCCUAUACCCGCAGGGAGAGCUUACCUUUUGAAAAAGAGCCUAUGCCUUUAGAGGCAGACCCUUACACAUUCCCAUAUGGAGGUAAGGGAGAUGGCGAAGACGACUUUGACAAAACAUUGGAAUUUGAAAAAGAGAUGUCCAAAAAGGACAAAGACAAAGCGACUGGUGUCAUCAGUGACAGAAUGAAGGACAAAAAGAAAAAGGAGAAACAUAAGGAAAAAAUGAAGGAGGAGAAGAACAAGUACAUUGAUGGCUUUGGGUCAUUUAAACACUCCAAAGAGGACGUGAAGUCAGGGUUGAAAGAUAGCCCACAGCUCACUGUUCUAAAAGAUAGGUCAAAAGAAGACAGUCCUAAAUUUGACAUGAAGAAGGACAGAAAUCGGGAUGCAUUGGACAAAGACAACAGAAUGGAUCACAGUAAAUCCAAGGCUAAGGAUGAAAACGAAAAGCUCUCUCAGUCUAAAGACACAGUGCGGAAAGAUAAUCGUCCACGUGAAAAACUGUUGGUGGAUGGCGACUAUCAAAUGACAAGUUUUGGUCAGAUGUUAAGUCUAAAAGACCAGGAGAUUGAAGAGCGCCACAAGAAACAUAAAGAAAGGAUGAAACAGAUGGAGAAGCUGAGACCCAAGUCAGGGGACCCUAAACUCAAGGACAAAACCAAGUCCACAGAGGAAGUACGGAAAAACCGCAGUGAGCUGUCAAAGAAAUCCAACAGUCUGGAGUCUGGUCUCAAAGAGAAGAAGCUGAAGGAUGUGGGUCUCCCAGCCCAAAUGAUGUCACCUGGCAGGAAGUUCCAGCCUACUGACAGCCAAAACUCAAAGGACUGGCUGGCUGGCCACCAAAUGAAGGAGAACCUUCCAGCUUCUCCCAGGCCAGAUCAGAACAGGCCAACUGGUGUCCCCACGCCAACGUCUGUCAUCUCCUGCCCCAGCUUUGAGGAAGUAAUGCAGACUCCACGUACCCCAUCCUGUAGUGCAGAGGAUUACCCUGACAUUAUAUUGGAUGGCCUGGACUGCCAGAACUCAUCAGCUAUGACUAUGUCAAUGAAUGCCUGCUCCCCAUCCUUCUUUGAAAGCAGGUACUCUAACUCCCAGAGUUUCCAGGAGGGCACCUGCCCUACCCCUGCGAAGAACCUCCAGCUGCCACUUGUCAGCCGUUCUGCAUCCUCUGACGUCCGCAGGCCUCUGGAGGAGGAGUUCAAAGCUGAGGCUGACAAGUUCCUUCGACAGCCGAGUGAUCCAGCAGCUGAAUUUGAUCCUUCACCUUCCUCCCAAACUUUAGAAGACAAAUCAGCGACUGCGGAUAGGCUGGAGUGCCUGGCAUCUCCCUAUUACUCGCCAAUGAGGAUAUUGUCCCCUCGGCGGGAGCCAGCCGUUCCUGUUCCAGAUGUGGCAGCACCAACUCUUGCUGGCACCGAGGUUAAUGAACACCUUCCUGAAAAUGCGUACACCAGUUUCUUGCCCAAACCUUCGACGCCAGUUCACAGGCCAGACCCACAGGAGCCCUGCUUUGAGAUAGCUGCACCACCGACCCCAGCUCCUGCUGCGUUGCCACCCCUGGACAUUGAUGACAUCUCUGAGCCUCACCACAGUGAGCCUAAUCUGGUCCUCUCAGAUCUUCCCUCUGUCACAGAAGAACAGGAGCAGGAAGAGGAGGAGGAUGAAGAAGAAGAGGAAGAAGAAGAAGAAGAAGAAGAGGAGGAUGAAGAGGAAGAAGGUGAAAUGGGUGAUAUGGAUGAGAGAGCUGACGGAGACCACUGUGCGGUGGAGGAGCCGGAGCAAACAAGGGAACCAUGCUCCUUCUCCCCUCAAGUUGAGGACCCUCUGAGGAAGAGCUGGCCCGCUGAGUCUCCAGACCGGCAGGAUCCAGAGGUCCAUCAGCUGUCCCCCGCACACUCCGCACCCAACCAUGGAGAGAACUGUUUCGAUCACACCAUGGGCUGGAACCCUGAAAUGGACCUCAAAUCUCCCCACAGGACUUAUGGUGAGAUAGAGGCUGCCGUUUCCAAAAUAACAAGUCCUUACUCCCAUUCAGACAGUGACAUGCAGCACCUGUCUGGACACCCAUCUGUCACUCCCCCUUAUGCCACUUGGAAUAGGUGGCACAAAGAGGACCCAGAGGACUUUGAUGAGCAGAAGGAGGCUGUGGCUGACAUCCCCUCUCCAGAGAGGCCUGACACAGCUAUUGAUGGGGAACCCAACUAUUUAAAUGCAUCGUCAUCCUCCAAUAGGCUGGAGUCUUUCUUCCAGGAAUGUAACAAGCCUAGCAUAGAGGACAGUCACCAGAUGGACACUGAGUCUACCUGUGUAGAACCAGACAGCAGGCAGACCACACACAGCUUCAGUUCCCCCACUGAUGGCCACAUGGCUCCGGCUGUUGGCCCUGAGCCUGUGGUGCCCUGGGCAGAUCCGUUCUCGGCUGAUGCAGAUGAACUGGAUGACCUGGGACCGUUCUCCUUGCCUGACCUACCACUUCCAGACAAGUCAGAGGAAGCAGAGUCUCGGGACCCGGAACUAGCUGACCACAACAAAACUGUAUCGACCCACAUCAGACAUACUAUUACAGACAGAGAUGACCCAGAUAUUAUAGAGGUGGACUUACCAAGGCUGGCUAAGACUUCGUGCCCUUCUGGAGACCUAGGUUUAGUGGAGUCAACCGGACAAGACUUAGUUGUACCAUCACCACAUGUCAACUUCCAGCAAGACAUGGACCCUGAGCCUCAGAGUGUGCCAAUACACAGCUCACUGUGUCUCACACAGCAACAGGGCGGCAUGUUGGAAAGAAAAGGACCUUAUGGAGGACCUGAUGAGUCGGAUCCCAGUAUGUUAUAUUCAUCUGUAAAACCAGAUGCCAGUCAGCAACAUCACAUACAGAUCCACUCGCUCACUGAAUCAUUGCAGUUACCCAUGGAUUCAAUGUCUGCUGUCAAGUCAGAGGUGAGACAGGAGGAGAUGCCUGAGCCUGUAGCAGAAUCUGUGUCAUGCAGUCCUCCUCCUCAGCUCCCAGUGGCAGUCAGCCUCUCCAGCACAGUGGAACUACCAGACACUCAGGAGACCACAUCCAAGCCAGCACCGGUAACCCUGACCGCUGUGUCCACCACUGUAGAUAUCCCCAAGAAAGUGGAUGAAAUCCCUCCAAGGAUGACCCGCAAUCGCGCCAAGAACAAUCCCUCCGCUGCUGCUGUCCCUCCUACCUCCAGUAUAAUAACCUCAUCCGCCACUGCCACCCCUGUAACAACCAGUCCAGUAGUGAGCAUUAAUCCGAUUCCUACGAGAACCCCGACACCUAUCUCAGCCUCCUCCCUCACCCCCCUGAAGAAAGAAAAAGAAUCUGUCCUUAGCGUCUCCUCCACAGCAUCUAAUUCUACUCCAGCAGUGUCUGUACCUACUUCUGUGACAACUUCAGCGCCAGUAGUUCCUAGUAAGCCGACAAAAGGUCGCCUUCUCCCCAUGGACGAAGAGGAAUCUCAGACUCAGCACCCUCGGAAGAGGAAAUUUUCACGUCCUGCCGGGCCGCAGGUCCAGGUGCAGCUGGUAAACACGGCCAUGCAGCAGACCAGGGAAAUGAUUCAGCAGACUUUGGCUGUAGUGGUCAAUGCCAUCAAGCUGGACGAUAUUGAGCCCUACCACAGUGACCGCUCAAACCCGUACUUCGAAUACCUGCAGAUCAGGAAGAAGAUUGAGGAAAAGAGGAAGAUUCUGUGCUACAUCACCCCACAGGCCCCACAGUGUUACGCUGAAUAUGUGACCUACACUGGCUCCUACCUGCUGGAUGGCAAGCCCCUCAGCAAGCUUCACAUACCUGUUAUUGCCCCACCUCCAUCACUGUCAGAACCUCUAAAGGAGCUCUUCAGGCAACAGGAAGCAGUGAGAGGGAAGCUCAGGUUGCAGCACAGCAUAGAGCGGGAGAAGCUCAUUGUUUCGUGUGAGCAGGAGGUUUUAAGAGUCCACUGCAGAGCGGCCAGGACAAUAGCCAAUCAGGCUGUGCCGUUCAGCGCCUGCACCAUGCUGUUAGACUCUGAAGUAUACAAUAUGCCAUCAGAGAGUCAGGGUGAUGAGAACAAAUCUGUAAGAGAUCGCUUCAACGCCCGUCAGUUCAUUUCCUGGAUCCAGGAUGUGGAUGACAAAUAUGACCGUAUGAAGACGUGUUUGUUGAUGCGGCAACAGCACGAGGCAGCGGCCCUCAACGCAGUGCAAAGGAUGGAGUGGCAGUUGAAGGUCCAGGAGCUGGACCCAGCAGGGCACAAGUCCCUCUGUGUCAACGAAGUGCCGUCCUUCUACGUGCCAAUGGUCGACGUCAACGACGACUUUGUCCUGCUGCCUGCGUGACACACCUGUGCUCACAGAUGGAGAUUAAACUUUGUCUGAAUCACUUCUUCUCAAAGAGACUUCGUUGAACAGAACGAAUGGAAAGGGCUAGCAAGUUUGAAAGAGGACUUUAGACAGGAAAAAAUUAUAUUCUAUAGAAAAAGUUUAAAGAUGAAAAACUUGCUCUCGAUUCCCUUCCGUGAAGAAGGAAACUUGUUUUUACUGGGGAAAAAGAAAAUACACAACUUGCACUUUCAUCCUCAAAGUUUUUACGCUUUUGUUUGAUCAGAGUGCGAGAAGCAGAAACAGUUUUUUGCUUUGAGACUCUGACAUUGGGACAAAACUCCUCAGUGCUCAGUUACGGUGAGACAGGGGACAGAGAUAUAUUUUCUGAGUUCGUUUUUGGUCCCUGCUUCAACAAACCGAACCACCACCACUGGGAGGAGGUAUCGGAGAAGAGCUCUCCCGACAGCGUGUUGCCUGUCCUGAGGGAGAACUGAAGAGAAGCCCUCCCCUGUUGACCCAGGGCUCCCGGUGGGCCGUGAGAACUAGACCGAGUCCAGCGCUGACCUAGAGGAAGUCAACAGAGGUGCAUCAUGUGGAUCUUCAAUGUGUAUCUACAGCAAGACGGCUGGGAUGGACAGACCAGGAGGCUAGAACCAGCCGCUGAUGGUUUUGGGGAGGUGGGGGGGGGGCUAUAAGACCGUAUACCCAGAGGACGCCCUCUCUGUUCACACUGCACCAGGCCUAACUAAACAGUAGUGGAACAGAGCCUGCAGCAGGCUGGAAUACAGCAGAGGGUUAGCGAUGUGUGCGCACAUCAGGGCCCAGUGUCUGAGAGGACGAGACUGACCCUGCAGCCUCUCAGCCUGGCGAAACAGAAGAGGACAGGCACGGAUCUCUGAGGACAGACCGGAGUGUUCCUCAGCCACCCUGCUUGUUCCAACACAAACACAUCAGACCGCCAUGGACUGCAAAAACACCACAGGACAACCAGAAGAAACAAACAUAACGAAUGUUGAGAUUCAAAGAGACUAUUGAGAAAUUGUGGUUUGGCAGAGAGAAAUAUUGUUUUUGUCUAUUUCUUUACUUGGGCAUUUCAUUGUUUCUGAGGAAGUGACUUGAAACACUACAGAGCCAAUAUUAGUUUAAUGGAAAAAAACAAAAAGAAAAAUGAAAAAAAGUUGUAUUCCGUAAAUUAUGUACAGUUUUUAUAUUCGUUAACCAAUGUAUUCUUGCUGCCUUCUAGAUAAUUUAUUUUGCCACACAUUACUGCACAGUUGUAAAUAACCUAUGUACUGUAAUAUCACUCAGUUAAGUGUAAAGAAAAAACAUAAAAGAAAUAAAAAGUAUCUUUUUAUGUACAGUUCACUUUUGGGCAGCACUUUCCCCCACCCCACCCCCCACCCCCCUCAUAUCCAUGGGCCAAAAUGUGUACACGAUUCUGUCAGUAUUUGAAAGACUCCAGUGCACAGUUGUAUGAUCCCAUCUCUAGAUUCAGUCCAACUCAACCUGGACGUGAAUCACCACAACUCACAGAGUACACUUCUGGAUUAAACCGGCCUCCCACGGGCCCAAACCACCAUAUAGUCCCUCAGAUGUAGCAGAAUAGUUGUUGAGGAUUUAUUUAAAGAAUAGACAGAGGAUUAUUAUUCAUUGCUUUACUACACAAUUAUAUCUGAAAAAAAUUCGAACCAAGAAAAUGCCUUUUUCAGUGAAAAAAAAAAAAAUGUACUCAUUGUUGGGCAAAGUCACAUAGAUAUAUAUGGGUGGGAUGAAAGUUAGAGAGAUGUCAUUCACAAACAAAACCAUCGUGUUAAUGUAGAAUGGUUUCAAAUUGAUUUUCCGUGUUUUUUUAAUUUACAAAAAUUGGGACAGAAAUCAUUUCCAAUCAUCACAAAACAUCAUUAUUUCAAAGAAAACAGGACACGGGUCUUUCAGCUCAUGCUCUGUUCUCCCAGCUUGUCUGCUUUUCACCGUCGGCGAACUGUUCAAACAGAAACAGGUUUCAUUCCGUACUGACUUUUAACUUUGUUCCAUCCGUCUGUCCUGCGCCUCAUCUAACGUUGGAGAGCAGCUUAUUUUCUAGGUGCUGUUCCAAUUUUUACUCACUGGAUGGCGCCAGUGUGUCUCCAGAAACUGCAUUCGGCUUUGCAUGAGACCUGUGGCCUUUCACUUGAAUGGGUGUUUUUAAAUAUAUUGAAAUUUUAUUACAGCCUAUGGGGAGUUCAGUUCCUCUUAUAUGAUUCCAGUACAACACCUAGAUCAGUUUGGUAGUCGGUCGAAUCAUAACAGGCUCAGUAGUCACAUCAGCCUUUUUAUCAAUGUUUAAUCUACAAAGGGGUUUGGCUAGUGUUGUCAGGGAUUUUAAAUGUUAGGAUACUUCCUCAUAUUACUCCGUUAUGUGGUGGCGUUCACCAUAAUCAUGUCCUUGUGUCAGGCCCAAGCAGACAGUUACGAGACUUAAAUCUUCUCAGAAUGAACCAAAAAAAAGUGAACAGACAUAAACACAAACAGCGGAGGGGAAAGAAAUAGCUCAAUGCUGAAUAGAUUUUUCUUUUUCUUUUCUUUUUUUAAAUUGUCCUCAGUUUAAAACAAAUCCCGUUGAAAUGUUGAUUUGUGAUGACUUGUAUUGAUUCUCUGUUUUUAAUGGGUUUUGAAGAGCUUUCCCCCGAACCUACCACAUAGGCUGCCUGUCUGUGUGUGAGAAGAGCUGCUCAUGUAUCCUGAUGGCAAUAUUAUCUGAAACUCUUUAAGUUAUUUACACACUGUCAGUCAGCAUAGCUGUGUAUGGUAUGUCUAGUCAAGUGCAAUGGUUGUUGCUAUUACACUGUGCAGACAAGGUGGCUAGAUGUAUAGUCCUGGAUAUUUUUGAGAGAUACACACAUCCUGGUUGGUAUACAUAUACGUACAUAUUUGGACACAAAUAGCCAGAAGUUUGUUUUUUGUUUUUUAAAAACCCCCGUUUGUCAUGUUUCUUGUUUUUAUUUUGUCGUUGGUUUCUUACACCGUUUUUUGGGGGAGAGGGUUAAAGGGUGUCUUUUUGUUCACAGAAUCCUCGUGUGUUUUUUAGCUCAGUGUCUGUAGUUUUUUGAAUGUUGUUGUGUUUAUCUUAGGGGUUUUGUUCCUGUAUAAAAAGCAUAAAACACCAGUGGCAUGUCAAUCACGUUGCUUAUCGAGCAGAAUGUAUACCGUUACUAUGCCCUGACCAACCACACCCUCUCACUAUUGUUUACAAGGCAUCAAGUGUGUUUCUGUUUCAUGUCACCUUUUUUUUUUUUUUAACGUUUUAAAGCCCUCUCUGCCUUUGUUUUUACUUCUGUAAUCAGUCAAUUAGUUUGAACCACAAAGGCUUGAAAUGGUGAUGGUUGACACAACUGACAGGCAAUUUCUCCUCCUCUGGUCUGUGGUACACCGCUCAGAGCAAUAGACUAAAAACAAAAAAACACACACACACCCAUUGAUUCUCCAGUGUGAAUAUUCAACUGCCGAAACAAAAAGUGAUUUCUGGAUAAAUUGGAGACAGACGCAAACACACAGCAGUCCUCAGAUGCACAGUAGAGCACUUGGCCGUGGUGAUACAGAUGCUAGCCUGACACCACCUCAGUCAGCAACAUAUUACCUCUACUCUCCUCACAUUCACUCAUAAUGUUUAUUUUAGAUUUGUUAUUUGUUGUUUUUCUUUUCUUACUGGACAUAAAUAUACAUAAUUGCUAUUUUUUCAUUCUAUAGAAUCACGAUUUCAAGCCUUUUUUUUUUCUAGUUUUCAUUUGUUUUUAUUUUAUAAUUAAAACCCAGACUGUAGCUAUUUCUUUGUUCCUUUUUUAGAGUGGAAAAUGACUAAUAAAAAGCAUGGAGAACUACUCUUUAAAUGGUGAGAAAUAACCUAUUUAUUAUCUUUUUGUUUUUUUUUUCUGACACCUGUGGUAUGUUUUGAGUUGUAGUUGGUCUCCGCUGUGUAAAUUUUCCUCCUUGUAAUGCGUGAAAGAGACAUACUGUACAUAGCUCUGUAAAUAAAACCUCCCAGGACGUUUUGCACCCUCCUCUUUGUACUAGUCUGAAAAAUUGCGUAGAAUGUGGGGUUCUAACAGCAACGAGCUGCGUGCGCUUGCUGCAGGUGAUUAUGAUGUAACAAUGUAACAUUUUUUUAUUUGUACAAUGUAGUUUAUUUGUGUACAUAUUGUUGGAGCAGCUAAGAGGGGAGGGGAGGGAAGGGGGGUAUAUGAGGGGGUUGUUGAUGCUAUUGUCAGUGCUGUAACAGAAAUCCAGUACUUUCACCUCUAGCUGUUGUUGAUUUCCUGCAAAAAAAAAUAAAGGAAAAAAAAAGACAUAAAAAAAUAAAAACACAAGAAACUGAAAAUGAGGAUGGAUGGGAAAAAAAGACUAAAAACUGAAAAGUAAAACUUCUAAAUUGUUAUUUUCUACAGUUGCAUGUACAGAGAGCGCGAGAACUGCUGUUGUUCCUCAGAGAUUAUGUUCGUUAAUAAAACUUUGAAAUAUUA